GUCUACCCUCCCAUAACCCCUAAAACCCCAUCGCCCUGAAAACAGAUUCGGACACAGAGCAUCGCCACCGAGCCAUUUGUAAACGCGAAACCAAAAUGGUCGGACCUCUGGUUCGUGCUCUCUGGUCCACCACCAGAAAAUCCAUCUCCUCCUCCGCCUACCACUCCCCGUCUUCAUAUCUCAAACCAUUCAUACAUGCACGCGCCGCAGGCAUCUCACGCUCCUUCUCCGUCGCCACAGCAGCAGCUGCUGCCACCGCGACUGCUCCUGGCGGCGCGCUGGAUCCUAAUCGGCUCCGCAACGUAGCGGUGAUUGCCCAUGUCGAUCAUGGCAAGACCACUCUUAUGGAUCGUCUACUUCGCCAGUGCGGCUCCGACAUCCCACAUGAACGCGCACUUGACUCCAAUCAGCUUGAGAAGGAGCGUGGAAUCACCAUCGCUUCCAAGAUUACAUGCAUUCCAUGGAAGGAAAAUGAGCUAAACAUGGUUGAUACACCUGGACACGCAGAUUUUGGUGGUGAGGUGGAGCGAGUUGUUGGCAUGGUUGAAGGAGCCAUAUUAGUUGUGGAUGCUGGUGAAGGGCCACUUGCACAAACAAAAUUUGUUCUAGCUAAAGCAUUAAGAUAUGGUUUAAGACCAAUUCUACUUUUAAACAAAGUAGAUAGACCUUCAGUUAGUGAGGAGAGGUGUGAUGAAGUUGAGAGCUUGGUAUUCGAUCUCUUUGCAAACCUUGGUGCAACAGAGGAGCAACUUGACUUCCCAGUUUUAUAUGCUUCUGCUAAAGAAGGUUGGGCUUCAUUAACAUACACCAAGAAUCCUCCAGAUGAUGCCAAGAAUAUGUCUUCAUUGCUUGAUGCAAUUGUCAAAUAUGUCCCUCCACCAACUGCAAGCCUUGAUGAACCUUUCCAGAUGCUGGUUUCGAUGAUGGAAAAAGAUGAUUAUGUGGGACGUAUCUUGACUGGGCGUAUUACAUCUGGUGUUAUCCGUAUCAAUGACAGAGUUCAUGGGCUACGUGACACAGACUCUGGUGUCAUAAAAAUUGAAGAAGGAAAAGUUGUGAAGCUAAGAAAAAACAAAGGAAUGAUUUCAUUUGAUGUUGAAUGUGCUGGAGCUGGUGAUAUUAUAUCAAUGGCAGGAUUAAAGAGUCCAUCAAUUGGGCAUACAAUAGCAAAUGUUGAGGUAAUGACUGCAUUGCCCACUGUUGAAUUGGAUCCUCCAACCAUUUCCAUGACUUUUGGUGUCAAUGAUUCUCCUUUAGCUGGACUUGAUGGUUCUCAAUUAACUGGAGGAAAGAUUGGUGAUAGAUUAUUGGCUGAAGCAGAAACAAACUUAGCAAUAAAUGUAAUCCCUGGUUUAGCAGAAUCAUAUGAGGUUCAAGGAAGAGGAGAACUUCAAUUAGGCAUCUUGCUUGAGAAUAUGAGGCGUGAAAAUUUUGAGCUUUCUGUAUCUCCUCCAAGAGUUAUGUACAAGAUUGAGAAAGGUGUGAAGCUAGAGCCAAUUGAGGAAGUAACGAUUGAGGUGAAUGAAGAGCAUGUGGGAAUGGUGAUGGAAGCGCUUUCUCACAGGCGAGCUGAGGUUACUGACAUGGGCCCUGUUGCAGGCAACUUUGGCAGGACUAGAAUGACAUUAACUUGUCCUUCAAGGGGGCUGGUUGGUUACAGAAGCGUGUUCAGCAGUGACACACGUGGCACAGGAUUUAUGCAUCGUGCAUUCAUGGCUUAUGAAAAAUAUCGGGGCCCACUUGGAAACGUCAGGAAAGGAGUGUUGGUAUCAUGUGCACGUGGAACAGUGACAUCUUAUGCCUUGAUGAGUUUGGAACCACGUGGAACACUUUUUGUGAGUCCUGGAGUUGAGGCAUAUGAUGGGAUGAUUGUUGGUGAACAUUCACGAGAUACAGAUCUUGAUGUUAAUCCUGUAAGAAACAAGGAACUUACAAAUAUAAGAUCAGCCGGAAAGGACGAGAAUGUCAAAUUGUCACCUCCUCGUAGAAUGACACUUGAAGAGGCUAUAGGCUAUGUGGCAUCUGAUGAGCUAAUUGAGGUAACACCACAUCAUAUCCGGUUAAGAAAGAGAUACUUGGAUUCUAACAAGCGUAAAACAAUGAGUAAAAGGCCCAAGGAGUGAAAAGAAUCCGUUCGUAUACUCAUGAGAUGCAUUUAAAUGGAUAAUUUUGUUAUUUCAAAUUUAAUUAUAGAUCACGAGGAGAAUUACUGUAUAAUCAUUUUUGAAAAAUAAUUAUAAGACAGCAGAGAUAAAAGGUGGUUUUUCAUGCGCACCUAAAAAGAAAUGUUCUAGCUCAGAUAUAAUACAGGUAUAUCAUAUGCACUUGUAACGUUCAACAACAUAAGUCUCUAAUAUUUUUAUAAUUUGUACUUCA